GGUGCAACGUGUCAGCAGAACAAGGAAAGUGAUCCACACGUGUAACUCUAUAUGAUUGAGAAGCACAGACAGAAACCAUUGUUCGCAGAGUCUGAGGCUGCUAGAAAUGGCCACCGAAACUGCAGUCCUCUUGCCCUAUGCCGUCGAUAGCUCAGUUGACUACAAAGGCUUCUCCAAUUCUGGUGGAUGGAAAUGCGCAUUGUUAAUUAUAGGUGUUGAAGUUGCAGAGAGGUCUGCUUAUUUUGGGAUAUCAGGGAACUUGAUAACGUAUUUGACAGGGCCUUUAGGGCAGUCCACGGUUACGGCAGCGGAGAAUUUGAACUUGUGGUCGGGAACAGCGUGGUUGCUGCCUUUGUUAGGUGCCUUUGUAGCUGAUUCAUUCCUUGGCAGAUACAGAACCAUUAUUGUUGCAGCAUUUAUCUAUGUCUUGGGACUCAGCUUGUUGACUCUAUCAGCCGUGCUUCCUUCUGUCCGUGCUUAUGACUGCCAAAGUGCCGAUACUAUCCAGUUGUGCUCUCCUGAUCCAAGUCUCAUAUUGUUCUUCUUUGCUCUCUAUCUAGUAGCAUUCGGACAGGGUGGGUUCAGGCCUUGUGUUCAGGCCUUCGGAGCUGAUCAGUUUGAUGGGCAAGACCCUGAGGAGCGCAAAUCCAGAAGUUCAUUCUUCAAUUGGUGGAAUUUUGGUAUGAAUGCUGGCCUAAUAGUGAUCCUGCCGUUCUUAAACUAUAUCCAAGACAACCUUAAUUGGGGUUUCGGAUUUGGAAUCCCAUGUGUUAUUAUGGCUGUUUCCCUUGUAAUUUUCUUACUUGGAACCAAGACGUAUAGGUAUAGUAUCAGAAGGGAGGAGGAACAUCCGUUUCUGAGAAUUGGUCGAGUCCUUGUUAAAGCUAUUAAGAAUUGGCGAAUCUCUCCUGCAGUAUCUUUCAAGGAAGAUGCUAGCUGCAUCGUGUCUCGCCAAAAUUCAGAGCAAUUCGAGUUCCUUAAUAAAGCUCUGCUUGAAAUCAAUGGCUCAGAGGAUAGCUGGAUGGCCUGUACCCCUAGAGAAGUUGAAGAAGCUAAGGCAGUGCUCAGGCUUGUUCCUAUAUGGACUAGCUGCUUGAUAUUUGCUACUGUGGGUUCACAGGUGGGAACUUUCUUUACUAAGCAAGCAAGAACAAUGAAUAGAUCAAUUUCAGAACGUCUUGAAUUUCCUGCGGCUUCAAUUCAAUUAUCAAUUCCCUUGGCAGUUGUUGUCUUAGUUCCUAUCUAUGAUCGUGUCUUUGUCCCUGUAGCAAGGAAAUUAACUGGGGAACAUUCUGGCAUUACAAUGCUUCAGAGAAUUGGAACUGGGUUAUUCUUAUCUGUUCUGGCCAUGGUAGUUGCUGCUCUAGUUGAAAUGAAGAGGCUCAGAACUGCUGAGGAACACGGACUAGUUGAUAUGCCAAAUGUGACGAUUCCAAUGAGUGGUUGGUGGUUAAUUCCUCAACUUGUCUUGCUUGGAGCUGCUGAUGUGUUAACCAUAAUUGGUCUGCAAGAAUUCUUCUAUGAUCAGGUCCCAAGUGAACUAAAGAGUGUAGGUCUUGCUCUCUUCCUCAGUGUCGUUGGCGUAGGACACUUUCUGAGCUGCUUUCUCGUCUCUAUAAUUGACAAGACAACUGGUAAGGAUGGUGAUGAUAGCUGGUUUGCAAAUAACCUGAAUCGGGCUCACCUUGAUUACUUUUACUGGAUAUUAGCUGUCUUAAGUGUUGUUCAGCUGGUUGCUUUCUUGUAUUUUUCAAAAUCUUACAUUUAUAAGAGGGGAAGCAUCGUAUAAAAGCAAUAUUACUUACUCUCA